GCGGUGAGAUAUGCGGUGAAACACGCUGAGAUACGCGGUUUCUGUACCUGGGAAAUUCGAAGUGGUUCCUCUCAAACCAAACAGAACUCACAGGUUGCCAUGUUUAUGUUGCUUGUGUUUGGAUUGCUACUGCAAGAAAUUCUGGCUAAUUCCCAAGCUGAAAAUCCUGCUGAAUUCCCAAACAUUCCAGAAGAGCCAUCCUACAGCUACAAAGCCAUCAACUUGCCAGAUGAGCAUAUCCCCUACUUUCUGCACAAUAACCAGCACGUUGCUGACAUCUGUAAGCAGGAUGCUCUUUGCCCAUAUAAAAAACACUUGAAGAAACUUAAAUCCUGCUGGGGUUAUGAGAAAUCUUGCAGAUCAGAGAACAGGUUCAGUUACCCAGUGUGUGAUUAUGUUGAAACUGGGUGGGCAAGUGACAUCGAGACGGCCCAGCAGAUAUUCUGGAAACAAGCAGACUUUGGAUAUGUUCGAGAGAGGCUCAGUGAGGUGAAAACCCAUUGCAAGCCUGCAGCAACAGGGGAUUCAUCUCUGACCUGCUCCCAGUACCUUCAGCAUUGCAGAGCAACAAACUUGUACAUUGAUUUACGAGCUGUGAAGAGAAACCAUGACAGAUUCAAAGAAGACUUUUUCCAGAAGGGAGAAAUUGGUGGUCAUUGUACCCUCGACGUUCAGGCAUUUUUGGCUGAAGGUCAACGCAAGAGCCCUCUGCAGUCUUGGUUUGCAGAACUCCAGACAUUCACUGCAUUAGACUUCAGGCCUCUAGAAGAUGGGAAGUGUGACAUUGUUAUUGAAAAGCCAACAUACUUCAUGAAAUUAGAUGCAGGUGUUAAUAUGUACCAUCACUUCUGUGAUUUUGUCAAUCUUUACAUUACCCAGCAUAUCAAUAAUUCCUUCAGUACUGAUGUCAACAUAGUCAUGUGGGACACUAGCUCAUAUGGCUAUGGUGACCUGUUCAGUGAGACAUGGAAGGCAUUUACUGACUAUGAAAUAAUUCACUUGAAAACCUUUGACUCUAAAAGGGUGUGCUUUAAGGAAGCCGUGUUCUCUUUGCUGCCCCGGAUGAGAUAUGGAUUGUUCUACAACACACCCCUGAUCUCUGGCUGUCAUGGUACGGGGCUGUUCAGAGCCUUUUCUCAGCAUGUGCUACACAGAUUAAAUAUUACCCAGGAAGGACCCAAGGAUGGGAAAAUUCGAGUCACCAUCCUCGCACGCAGCACAGAUUACCGGAAAAUAUUAAACCAGAAUGAGCUUGUGAAUGCUUUGAAAACAGUGUCAACGCUGGAGGUCAGAGUGGUGGACUACAAGUACAAGGAACUUGAGUUUUCGGAGCAAUUGAGGAUUACCCACAACUCUGAUAUAUUCAUUGGGAUCCAUGGAGCUGGACUGACCCACCUGCUCUUUCUGCCAGACUGGGCUGUUGUGUUUGAGCUAUACAACUGUGAAGAUGAACGUUGUUACCUGGAUUUGGCAAGGCUGAGAGGCAUUCAUUACAUCACUUGGAGGAAAAGGAAUAAAGUAUUCCCUCAAGAUAAGGGACACCACCCAACACUGGGAGAACAUCCAAAAUUUACAAACUACUCCUUUGAUGUGGAAGAAUUUAUGUAUUUGGUGCUUCUGGCUGCAAAUCAUGUUUCACAGCAUUCCAAGUGGCCGUUUAGGGUAAAACAUGAUGAAUUCUGAAUUAGACUUCUGACAGAAAUACUGUUUUUAAUUAAUCACAGAAUUACCUGGGUUGGAAGGGAUUUUAAAGACCAUCUCAUUUCACCCCCU